UCGAAAUGAUAAAGAUGAUUUGUCUUAUUGGUUAUUUUAUUAGUUUUAGUUUGAGCUUAAAUGCAGGUCAUCUUGAAUCAACGAAUGAUAGUGAAGUCCGUGGAAUUGGGGCCUUAAGUCAACGUCAUACUCUGUCAUCCAUAUUUACUUGAACAAAUCACAACAACAGAAAUUUGAUUCUUAAUUACUCCAAAAAUUUAACAAGCAAAAACAAAAGUUGAUUUUGAUCUGAUAUCUUUUUCGAAUCUGUGGACAUUAGAAAUCUGAAACGAGGAAAGAGAAAGAAAGAGAGAGAGGGGAAGAGAAGAUGGGUUCUGAGGAUGAUGAAAGAGCACUUUUGGAAGCUUAUAUUUUGCAGAAUGAAGGCAGUGGCCUCUACGCCGGAGAUGGUUCAGUUGACUCAAAGGGGAAGCCUGCUCUCAAAAAUGAUACUGGACAGUGGAAAGCAUGCUCCUUCAUUCUUGGUGAUAUAUUGUCUUCAACAUUGCUCUUAUCUGUCCAAGAUCUUCUGUUUCUAACAGUUGUAAGAUCAAAUACAGGUACCUUUUUCUGUGAACGCUUGGCCUUCUAUGGGAUUUCUACCAAUCUUGUCAACUAUUUCAUCGAGAAACUACACGAAAGAACUGUUGUUGCUUCAACAAAUAUUACUAAUUGGAAAGGAACUUGCUAUAUUACACCCCUCAUUGGGGCCAUCUUAGCUGAUACUUAUUGGGGAAGAUAUUGGACAAUUGCUGGUUUCACCACAGUCUACUUAAUUGGAAUGUGUACACUGACUCUCUCAGCAUCCGUCUCGGCACUGAAGCCUGCUGAAUGUGUUGGCUCUGUAUGUCCUUCAGCUACUACUGCACAAUAUGCAGUGUUCCUCACUGGACUAUAUCUGAUUGCAUUAGGGACCGGCGGGAUCAAACCUUGUAUAUGGCCUUUUGGGGCGGACCAGUUUGAUGAUACCGAUCCCAAGGAAAGGGUGAAGAAGGGAUCCUAUUUCAACUGGUUUUACUUUUCUCAAAACAUUGGUGCUAUUAUAGCAAGCAGUGUACUGGUGUGGAUUCAGGACAAUGUUGGUUGGGGAAUUGGAUUUGGAAUUCCUACAGCGCUUAUGGGUGUUUGUAUUGCAAGUUUAUUGAUAGGCACACCUCUAUAUCGAUUUCAGAAACCAGGCGGAAGCCCUCUAACAAGAAUAUGCCAAGUUUUGGUUGCAUCAUUCCGCAAAAGGAAUCUAAAGGUGCUUGAGGACAACAGUCUCCUUCAUGAAACACAAGACAGAAGCUCUGCCAUUGAAGGCAGUCGUAAACUGGAGCACAGCAAUGAGCUAAGGUGCCUUGAUAAAGCUGCCCUGAUAUCAGACGCUGACAUUGAACAUGGGGACUUGUGUAAUCCAUGGAGGCUUUGUACCGUUACACAGGUGGAGGAACUGAAGAUUUUGAUCCGCAUGUUUCCAAUAUGGGCAACAGGAAUUGUGUUUUCUGCUGUGUUUGCCCAAAUGUCCACACUAUUUGUGGUACAAGGGAAGCUGAUGAAAAGAACUCUGGGUUCUGUCACCAUUCCUGCGGCAUCUCUCUCAUUUUUUGAUUUCGUAAGUGUUAUUAUCUGGGUCCCCAUCUACGAUAGCAUAAUCAUCCCAAUCGUUAAAAAGUUUACAAGCAAGGAGAGGGGCUUCUCGCAGUUGCAACGGAUGGGAAUUGGGUUGUUUGUAUCGAUUCUAUGUAUGGCAGCUGCUGCAUUGGUAGAGAUUAAGCGAUUGCAGCUUGUCACGGAGCUUGGAUUGGAAGACGAAAAGGUUGCUGUACCGCUUAGUAUACUUUGGCAAAUUCCCCAGUACUUCUUGUUGGGCGCUGCAGAAGUUUUUACGUUCAUCGGACAGCAUGAGUUCUACUAUGAGCAAGCUCCAGAUGCCAUGAGGAGUUUGUGCAGUGCGUUGUCUCUUCUCACAAAUUCAUUGGGGAAUUACCUCAGCUCUCUCAUUCUGACAAUUGUAACUUACGUCACAACAAAGGGUGGGAAGGCUGGAUGGAUUCCAGAUAACUUGAAUGAGGGCCAUCUUGAUUAUUUCUACUGGCUUUUAGCUGGACUCAGCUUCUUAAAUUUGGUGGUGUACAUGGUCUUUUCCAGAAACUACAAAGAGAAGAAGGCUGCUGCUGCUUAAGAUCUCAACAAGGCAUUCUUUCAACUUAAGAUCUCUUCUCACCAAGGGAUUGUUUCCUAUAUUAUCAUUAUAAAUAGAAGUUUGAUAUGUAACAAGUUUCCAAUGUGGCAUUAUUUUUGGAAACAAUUGCUUACAAUUACAACUAUUGUUGUAAAAGAAUGAUGUAUCUAUAAUCUACAUAUACGUUGUGUAUAUGAGCAUUACAUGCUCUGCAAUUGUAAGUUUCCUUAGUCAAAAGGAGUAUGUGAUUGGAUUGACGAUGGUUAAGUAAUUUCUCAACCAUCAUUCUUCCAGC